AUGAUGUUUCACGACGGGAAUUACAACGAUCGGUGGAUGAUCGGCAGUUCGACGCAAUCCCAGCCAUCCACGUGGACACGAGUAGAGGACAAGCUCUUUGAGCAGGCUCUGGUGAUGUACCCAGAGGAAAUCGCCGACCGGUGGCAAAAGAUCGCGGAACGAGUUCCGGGAAAAUCUGCCGAGGACGUGAUGGCCCACUACGAGGCUUUGGUUCAUGAUGUUUUGGAGAUUGACUCGGGCCGGAUCGAGCUGCCGAGUUACUCGGACGAUUGCUUUGAGUGGGAGACCGAGUCCGGCGCGAGUCAGAUAUCGUUUGGGUCGUCGGGAAAGGUGAAAGGGGAGGUGGAGAGGAAGAAAGGAACUCCUUGGACUGAAGAAGAGCACAGGUUGUUUCUAAUUGGGCUCGACAGAUAUGGCAAGGGUGACUGGAGGAGCAUAUCAAGAAAUGUGGUCGUAACAAGAACACCAACACAAGUAGCUAGCCAUGCCCAAAAGUAUUACCUUCGUCAAAACUCGGUGAAGAAAGAGAGGAAGAGGUCAAGCAUCCAUGACAUCACCACCACAGUGGAUAGCACGCCCGUACCUCCUCCAAGCAAUUGCCCCAAUCAAGAAGGGUCCCUAGGGUAUCAGAACUUCGGCUUUCCUAUGUAA